AAACAUUGUAAAUAGUGCUAUCUGGAGGGUGUGAAAUGCAAAUAAUGAUAAACCAGCAACGAAGAUUGUGUGUGUGAUAGUCCGAGAAGGAGAGAGCUAAGAAACGGUGGUGACUGAGCGACGAGAUGCAGCAACGAUGAACACCAACGCCAACGCAAUGAACCACUGUUUCGCCGCUGCGACGCAGGAUCUCGAUCCGCAACACUCUCCGCCGCCGCCAGCCACCAGUACCUCCACCCAACCGUACCACCAGCAACCCCAGCCGCAGCGCCGCCUCCGCGGCUUCGCCGCCACAAACUCCAACAGCAACGCCGCAGCAACCGCCACUCCAAUAAAGAGCAGGAAGGAGAGAGACAAGGAGAAGGAGCGAACGAAGCUCCGAGAGCGCCACCGCAGAGCAAUCACCAGCCGAAUGCUCGCCGGUCUCCGCCAGUACGGGAAUUUCCCCCUCCCUGCGCGCGCCGACAUGAACGACGUCAUCGCUGCACUCGCUCGGGAGGCUGGCUGGACGGUUGAGCCCGACGGCACCACUUACAGGCAGACGCCGCCGCCCCCUCCAAUACAUCCGCAAUCGCAAUCGCAGCCGCCUCCUGCUUCUCAUUUCAAUUCUGUUCAACAAAAUAAUAGUAAUGCCUCUAACGUGCAGGGUGUAAAUCCAGUUCGGUCAGUUGAAAGCCCAUUAUAUUCUGGUGCUUUGAGAAAUUGCUCUGUGAGGCCAUCAGUUGAUUGUCAGCCUUCAACUCUCAGAGUUGAUGAGAAUUUGUCACCAGCAUCCCUUGAUUCAGUUGUUGCAGAAAGGGAUGCAAAGCUUGACAAAUAUUCCAGUGCCAGCGCCAGCGCCAGAGACUCCCCUGAAUGUUUGAAGACAAGCCAGGCAUUGCUCGGGGGAGAAACAUACUUCAGUUGCAUAAUGAAUAAUUCUCUACAUCAUGGUCGAUUCUUGCAGCUUGUGCAAGAUGUUCACUGCAGGGAGCAUGGAAACGGUCUUCCUGAAACCUCUUACAUCCCUGUUUAUGUGAAGCUUGCAACUGGCUUAAUCAGCAAUUUCUGCCAGUUGAUGGAUCCUGAAGGUGUUAAAGUGGAAUUACAACAUCUGAGGUCUUUGAAUGUUGAUGGUGUUAUCGUAGAUUGUUGGUGGGGAAUCAUUGAAGCUUGGACACCAAAGAAGUAUGAAUGGGCAGGCUACAGGGAAAUGUUUAACAUUAUUCGAGAGUUUGGUAUGAAAUUGCAGGUGGCAAUGGCAUUUCAUGAAUACGGAGGACCUGAUACGGGUGGAAUAUUUAUCUCCCUCCCUCAGUGGGUAUUGGAAAUUGGGAAAAACAACCAGGAUAUAUUCUUCACAGAUCGUGAAGGAAGAAGAAAUACUGAGUGUCUUUCUUGGGGCAUUGACAAGGAACGAGUACUUAAAGGAAGAACUGGCAUCGAGAUCUAUUUUGAUUUCAUGAGAAGCUUCCGAACUGAGUUUGAUGACUUAUUCACUGAGGGCCUCAUUUCUGCUGUUGAAGUUGGGUUAGGAGCUUCUGGAGAGCUGAAGUACCCUUCAUUUUCAGAAAGGAUGGGCUGGAGAUAUCCGGGUAUUGGUGAGUUUCAGUGUCACGAUAAAUAUUUGUUGCAAAAUCUCCAAAGAGCUGCAAAACUCCGUGGACACUCAUUCUGGGGCCGGGCCCCUGACAAUGCUGGUUAUUAUAAUUCUAAGCCACAUGAGACAGGAUUCUUCUGUGACAGUGGUGAUUACGAUAGCUACUACGGACGCUUCUUUCGGCAUUGGUAUACUCAGGUCUUAAUAGACCAUGCUGAUAAUGUUUUGUCCCUGGCAAGUCUUGCCUUCGAGGAUAUACAGAUAGUCGUCAAGAUUCCAGCAGUUUACUGGUGGUAUAAGACAAGUAGCCAUGCUGCAGAGCUCACUGCUGGCUUCAACAACCCUUCUAACCAGGACGGUUAUGCUCCAUUGUUCGAAGUGCUGAAAAACCACGCCGUCACCAUGAAAUUUGUCAUCUCGGGAUUUCAGGCUCCAUAUCCAGAGAUUGAUGAAGCAUUGUCUGAUCCCAUGGCCCUGAACUGGCAGGUCCUUAACUCAGGUUGGGACAAAGGGCUUAAUGUUGCAGGCCAGAAUGGGCAGCCAUGCUACAAUAGAGAAGAAUUCACGAGGCUGGUUGAGACAGCAAAGCCGAGAGACCAUCCUGACCGCAGACACUUCUCUUUCUUCGCCUUCCAACAACCUUCGCCUUCGAUCCAAAGAACCAUAUGCUUCCCGGAGAUUGAUUACUUCAUUAAAAGCAUGCACGGAGAAGUCAGUAACUAAUAUUCCCAACUGGCGCCACGGGAGACUACUUUCACCUACUGUACUACAAAGUUUUUCUUGUAAAGUCCAACCUUAAUUAUUUUCUAUGUGGACGUAAUUUCAAGACUUUUCUAUGUUAAAAAUGUAUAUUCACCACGAUUCUAUGAACAAGUAAUGUUUAUCUGCA